AUGAGAGUGAAACAUUUGGAUGACGUGGCUCAAUAUGUGCUUGAGUGUCUUCAAGAUAUCCCUGACAUCGAGGAUUAUAGACUAGUCAUCAUUGGACAUCUGGCCAUAGGUCGGCAACGUCCUGGCAUAGAAUCAAUCCUCGACCCUCUCCUUAGGACAAUGGAGAACGAUGAUCGGUACGCAGUGGAAAUCCUAUUUGAGCAACGUGAGAAUGAUGACAACCACGAUCUUCGAAACGUGGACCGGAGGUUCAAGAGGCUGUUGGUCCAGUUACGGCCCACCGACUUCCGCAUUGAAAACGGCCAGUUGAGAUACCAACAUACACGGAUCAAAUUCCAUUUUCUCACAACGCCUCGUCCACAAUCACAGACGAACUACUACCUCCCCGCUCCGCUAGCAAGACAAAUGAUUGGAGACAUGCGCCACCUAUACGAUAUUCUCGAUGUGGACAUGGUUCCAUAUGCAUCUGCAGAAACAUCCCUGACGAUCAUGGUCGCUCGGUGUACGAAGGGAUGUUUGCUCCCCGGGGAAAAUAGUCGCACAAUCGCGGAGGAGGUCGAGGCUCUGUUGGAUGCUCUCGCAUCCCAUCACAGAAAUACGCAGCGGGGUGUGCGGGUACGUGACGUAGAUCGACUUCGAUGGAUGACCUACCACAAACGGUCUCUAUUCUCCUGUAUCGGUAAGCUUCAAGAGCUUCUGAGCUGGAGAGGCCCCGAGGGCAGAAAAGAGCUGAAGUGGAAAUUGAACAUUGAUUGA